AUGGGGGCGUGGGAUGGGGGGGGAGGGGAGACACAGGGCCAAGGGCGAGGGGACGUGAGGUGGGGAGCCGCGGAAGUUCAGGAGUUGCUGAGUGGCGCAGGUGCAGGCCCUGGGCGGUGUCAGUUCUUUCACUCAUCCCCCCCUCCCCCUUCCUCCCCGGAAACCAGCGACUUUGCCACCAUCAGCAUUGGGGAUGAUGAGCUGUGGGGGCCAGGCCCGGGGAGGGAUGGGAGUACGGGGGGCUGCUGCAGCUGUCAGACCAUAAGCCAGGCUCACGCCCAGGCUCAGGGCGCGAGAUCGUCGCCUGCAGACUUGGCUGCCACAUCAAUAGUCAUGAGCAGCGGUGCAAACUGCACGGAUCAGCUGGGGCCCGGAAUUCCCCCCUUCACCGCGGCCUGGGGACUGUGGGUCCUCUUCGGGGCCGUGACGCUGCUGCUUCUCGUCUCGCUGGCUGCACACUUGUCCCGCUUCAGCAGUGGCUGGAGGAGGAACCGUCCAGAAAAGGGACAUUCUGGAGGGUCUGUGGAAGAGGUCCCCCUGUACGGGAACCUGCACUACCUGAAGACAGGACGCCUGUCUCACGACCCAGGGCCAGACCAGCCGGAUCCAACACCUGGAGGCCCCGCCAGGGCCUCGGAGGAGGUGAUGUGCUAUACCAGCCUGCAGCUGCGGCCUCCUCAGGGCCGGGUCCUGAGCCCGGGAGCCCCCGUCAAAUACUCAGAGGUGGUGCUGGACGCGGAGCCCCAGCCCCAGGCCCCGGGCCCAGAGCCCGAGCUCUAUGCCUCCGUGUGCGCCCAGACCCGCAGGGCCAGGGCUUCCUUCCCAGACCAGGCCUACGCCAACAGCCAGACGGCGCCCAGCUGAGACGGAGGGCCCGCAUCGCCCCGCUUCCUCUGCGGCAGGGGUGACUGCCACCCCGUCUGGGUCACGACUGGUUCCCAACAACCCCCCAAACACGGUCAGCCAUUCCCCGGGCACAGGAGGCGGUGUCCCCUAAACCUCCUAUCUGGCCUGAGGGAUAUCUCAGGGGAAAAGCAGCCCCCAGAGGCAGCGGCCCCCUCCUCGCUUCCUCCUCCUUCCGGAGUUUUACCCGUGUCUCCUCAGACGCAGGAAGCGGGCAGUGGGGCAGGGGGGAAGAGCCUAAGAGGACCUGGGUGGGUAUACCCCUGGGGAGGCCACUGGUUUGGGGGUGGGGCAGGAAGUGGGGAUGGGAGGGGAGAAACCUGGAACCUAGCAACCUGAAGAACCCAAGCCUGGUUCUGGUCUGCGAAGCCUGGCAGGAGAAUACCAGCCUCCAUCCUGCUGCCUCUGUUGUGUCCCCACGUUUUUAAAUAAAAUUUCUCAAAAAAAAAAAAAA